AUGCGACGCGGCGUGAAGAGGCGGCGGCGCCGGCCCCGGGCCGCCUGGGGCGGCGGCUACGGAGCGGAAGGAGGGGCCGGGCUGGAGGCGCUGGAGGAGAAGGUGGUGUACUCGCGGUCGCAACUGUCGCUGGCCGGCAGCACGGAGGCGCUGGGCGACGCCUUCAAGCUCUUCAUGCCCAGCAGCACGGAGUUCAUGAGCUCGGAAGCGGAGCUCUGGAGCUUCCUCUGCAGCCUCAAGCACCAGUUCUCCCCGCACAUCCUGCGCAGCAAGGACGUCUACGGCUACUCCUCGUGCCGGGCACUGGUGCCCGACCCCCCGGCGCCCGACAGCCGCCCCGCGCGCCGGCCGCGGCCGCGCCCGCGCGCAACGCCCAGGAGGAGGCGCCGUGGAGCUCGGGCCGCCACGGGUCCCCGCAGGCCGCGCCCCGCCGCUGCGGAGCCGGGGCCUCCGGCGUCCUGCUUCGGGGGCCGCACCCUGGAGGAGAUCUGGAGGGCGGCCACCCCGACGCUGACCAGCUUCCCGACUAUCCGCGUCGGCGACGACGUGUGGGGCGAGCGCAGCCUGGCGGUGGCGCGGCGCAGGGCGCGCCAAGUGCUGCGAGUGGACCUGGACCCGGUGGUGAGGCUGCGCCGCUUCCCGGUGCCCCGGGUGUGA